AAAUCAAGGGUCUUGUACAGUUUUCGAGGCGAAUUACGGGCGGGAAGUAGUUGCUUUAUUCGUCCUCCCCCUCUACCUCGGUAACGUCAAAACCGACCUCGCACCUAUCACAGCGUCCAAUUUGUAAGACAGAUCCUCAAGACACCCUUCUUCCCACCGACAACCUCGACUUUGCACAAGCGCAACGUCGGAACCGACUAUUCCCCUCCACCCAACACCCCGAAAUCAAAUCGCAAAGAAAAUGUCGACAGUAGCCCGCGCCCUCCGCCCGGCAGCUCGCCGCCUCCGCGUCACGGCGCCGGCACCCACGACGACAGCGGCGGCGCCCCUGGUCCUCCGCAGAUGCUUCGCUGACAAGCCGCCCGUCUACACCGAGUCCGCCGUCAACAGCGAGCUGGGCGUCGGCGAGUUCGAGGGCAUCAAGUUCCGCGUCGAGCCGCUGCGGCGUCAGGGCGAGGAUGAGCGGACCAUGCGCGCCCGUCUUCUUUACCAGUCCCGCAAGCGCGGAACCCUCGAAUCAGACCUCCUCAUGUCGACCUUCGCCAACGAACACCUGCCGCACAUGACAAAGUCCCAAAUGGCGCAGUACGACCUCUUCCUCGACGAGAACGACUGGGACAUUUACUACUGGGCCACCCAGGAAGAAGCCCCCUCAGCCUCGGCCUCGACUACAAAGACCUCGUCCUCCUCGUCGUCGAACGACACCCUCGCCUCCUCCACCGUCAACGCAGCAGAGUCCUACCGCCCCGUCGGCUCCGGCGCCGCCUCGACAAUCGACUCCGGCAAGACCACGCAGAAGCCCAAGGAGGACGUCCGCACGCAGGACGUCCCCGGCGAGUGGGCCAACACCGUCGGCUCCUUCAAGGCGCAGUACCGUCCCGUGCCCGUGCGGUGGCAGGGUAGUGAGAUUCUGGAGAUGCUGAGGGCCCACGUGCGGAGCCGGCGCGCGGACGGGACUGUUGGUGUGCACCGGGACGUGCAGGAGCGCAAGGAGGGUGGGCUUGGGUUUAUGCCGCCUCUGUUUGACGUUGACAGCGCGGGUAAGAAGAACUAGAGAGAUAUUUUAGAUCUCGCUGUGAGAUAUGCGCCGACGAGUUUUGAAGAGAGAGGUUUGAGACAUUUGUACCAAUAUCUAUCAGGAAAUAUCAUCUUGGGUGGGGAGGGCAAAAUUAUGGGAGCAUGGUACAUUAUAGAUGGCUUCAUUGGAAGCUUAAUUGCAUGGUUUGGGGUGGAGAGAGAUACCAUUCACUCGGGAGGGGGAUGGGCUCUUUGCAAGGCUUUAUUGGAAGCUCUUGCCACGUGGAGCGAUAUCGUACACAUCUGUAAUUUGACAGCAAUCAGAGGCUGCUAGCAAAGUCUCCAGAAUAGACGUGUUGCUGCACAAUGUACAAGAUCCAAGGAGCAAAGACUGAGCACUUAGGACCGG